AUGGACUUGGCUCUCUUGCAGCAAUCGCACAAACAGCUGACUGCAGCUUCGAUAAUCUCUACCUUACGCGCUGCUUAUCCUGACGAGAACGUUGGCUGGACGUGGUUUGCGGACACAUACAGCGAGGAUGGCUGGUACCGACUGGAGAUCCGUAUCGACGAGACAGCGCCAUUCCCAGAUAUCAUCAAGGCCCGAGCCGCUGGCUUUGCGGAGGGCACCCUGCAGGGACCGCACCUAUACAGGUACUGGACGAACUACCGGUUAAAUGAGUACCGCGGCCGAGGAGAAGCGCCAUCCCAAGAGCUGUACGACUGGUUUGACGAGCAGUACGGCUGGAUGAUGCGGCACGUGGAGAGGGCCACUGGCUGGACCGUCGCCAUGCUGCGCGGGAGCACCCCGCCUUUGCCUGCUACUGCUACUGCAACAUCUGCCAACCCAGCUGCUGCUGCUGCUGCUACAGCCGCCAUUUUGACCGCGACCCAGAUGAUCGGAAAUACGGCAAAAGCGGCGGCCUUUGCCGCCGAUGGAGCACCCAAUUCGGAUACAGAGGGUGCUGGUGGUGGCGGCGCCAGCUCUGACGGCAGCGCUGACGGCGACAUGCUCUGGUCUUUGGACCGGCGUUACUGGGUCUCCGUGGGCCUGGUGGCCGCCCAGUUCGAGGGCCUUACUGCGGGGUUCUGGUCCUCUGUCGCGGAGCCGCAUCGCAACAUGACCUGGCAUGAACUCUAUGCCCUGAAUGCAGUCGGUGACCUGUACGAGCUGAAUGUGCUGUUCCCGCCGUCCGCCGAGCGACCGCCGCCGCCACCUCCCGGGGCUCCGCCGCGGCCCACGAGGACCGGGGAGGACGCCGCCGCCGCCGCCGCGGGUCGUGCAGCUGUCGCGGAAGGCCUCGUACGGCGCCGCCACUACACCCCGGGGCACGGCGAGGUGGGCGAGUACGGGUACGGCGAACUGCUCGACUGCUCGGCCAUCAUCAAACUCGACACGGGGGUCAGUAACGGCUGCACCGGUCGCUUCGAUGACGAUGUUGGCGAGGGCGAUAAGGUCGAUGUCGAUGCUGACGCCGCCGCCGCCGCCCCCUCCCUGCGGUGGUCCGAAUUCGGAUCCAGUCACGAGUCCGGCGGCAGCGGGGGUCUCCGUACGAGGACAGGCCCGGAUAAGGCCCGGCAGCGGAGUCAGAUAAGCGACCCGCGGAGGAAGCUGAGUCAGGUCGGGGCGGGGGAAGCGGCAACAGACUCCAAUCCGGGGGCGGGAGCCCGCAGGUGCCGCAGGAACUUCUGGGCGGCUCACAACACCUGGCGGCCGUACUACGACAUGGUCCGGUGGACGUGGAAGGUGUACGACCUGCCGUGGGCGGCCACCGGACCGCUAACGGUAUCCUCAUCGCCUGGGCUGCUGCACUCCAAAGAUGACUGGUACACAACCGACGUGUUCGUUGUGAUGGAAACAACCAACGGAGUGUACAACAAGGAGCUGUACGACCUCAUCCAGCCCAAGUGUGUGCUGAUGUGGCAGCGGGUGCAGCAGUGGAUGGUUCUAGAUGUACAGCAGCUGCAGCAGCCCCGACCCAGAUCUGACGUACUGUGGGUUCUGGAGCAGGUGCCGGGUCGUACAGUGAGCAAGGACGUGACAGAGGUACUCAUGGAGCAAGGCUACUGGGCGUCGUACAAUGUGCCGUACUUCCCGGAGAUCUACAACCUUACUGGCUACCCCCAGCCCAGCAUAUACACCACCUGCCCUCGGGCCAUGAUAUUCAGUCGCGAGCAGUCCCAACUCUCUUCCCUGACAGACAUACAAACUCUCAUGCGCCUCAACCGCUACCAGACCGACCCGCUGUCGCUGGGGCUGCCGAACAACGCCAUAGCAGCUCGGUACGACCUGCCGGCAGCGAUUGAUGGCUCCGGUCAACCUCACAACUGGACACGCAGGGCGUACGGCGCCGUGGAUGCCAAGAUCGUAGAUCUGGAUUCCUUCCGUGCACGUCGUACAUACGUCAUCAACGGCCCAACCGCCGACGACCAGCCCGUGUUCCGUUGGUCGACCGAGCCGAUCUUCGACGCCAUUCGACGUGAUGGCUGUGUGGACGAGUUCGACUUUGGCUGGCAGUCGUACGAGUCCGUUGUGGGGCCGCCCCCCCCCUCCCGGCUGCCCGCCCCGCGGGUCACCUCAAGCCCGACCCACCAGGCGGUGUAG